AUGGAGAAACAACCAGACUGGGCCGAGAGGUACCAGCUGCCGCCAUCGCCGUCGGUCUCGGUGCCGCCGCCACCGCCGCCCUACAGCCCGUACAACCCCGCGUCCCUGGCUCCGCUCCCGCCUCCGCCGCCGCAGCAUCCACACCCGGUCCGGCCGCUCCGGCCCGCGCGCUCAGCGACCAAUCUCUCCGGCGCGCACCCCCGCGAGCGCUCCGGCUUCGUCGACAGCGCCGGCAACCUGCAGGUCGACUUUGUCGUCGACCCGCUGCCCCGCCAGGGAUCCGGAUCCCUGAGUCCCCAGCCGGCCGCCGAGAUCAGGCGUGUCAAGAGCUCGUCGGCCUUGUCGGCCACCUUGGACCAGGACCAGAAGCCCAAGGAUCAGUCGAAAUGGAAGGCUGCUCUCGGCGAGGCUCAGUACUUUGCGGGAGGACUCAUCAGCCACCCUGCCGAGUCGAACAAGCACUUCACCAUCAUCCGCCACUCGCAUGCCUUGGUCUGGUACCGCGGCCCAGCGACCUCCGUGCCCAUCACUAUUCUCUCCGAUGCCCCACUGCCUCCCACUAGGACAAUAUGGCUGCAGCAGAAGGGCUUCUCGGGCAAUGUGGGCAUGUCUAUCAAAGCCCUCAUGGGUACCACGGGAGGCUGGAUUAACGUCACCCCGGCCACCAAGGCUGCGCCAGAGCACAUCCCGGAGAACGACGAACGUGGAAUCCAGAGGGAUCUGAAGCGAUUCUUCAAGAAGGUUUCAGGGAAGGCGAGGAAGCACGUUAUCAGAGAGACUCACAUUGUGCGUAUCCCCGCUGCAGCUACGGACGGAUACUUCCGCCUCGUCCUCAGUGAUGGCGACGAAGGCAAAAAGGCCCUCUGCGGAAGCCCCGUGUUCCGAAUCGCGAGCACUUCGACAGAUGUCAGCGCCGUCCGCGGUUCGAGCAUUAGCACCCUGCCCUUGGAAUUCGGCGUCAAGGUCGCCACUACCAUUGGGCAGCAGGUUGUGAAGAAAUACACUGGCGUUGCGGGAGCCGUGGUUCAAAGCGGCGCAAAGAGAUUCGUCCCGAAGGAGACCAUCAGGAAAGUUGCCCGCACGGCAUACAAAAAUUCUGGAAUCGGCGAGAAAGUCAACGAGAGUUGGCAGAAUGGCAAGGCAGGCCGGUACGACCCCAUCAUUGAUGGUGCAAUGUUCGAUGGGCCGCUCUCCGUCGUCGGUCCCGAGACUGGCCCCGAGGCACCGUUCCCGUUCAAGUUUUCAGGAAAGGUCGUUCGUGGAACAGGAAUCUCGGUCAGAAAUCUCGGCAUACCGACGGCCAAUUUGAGCGAGGUGCCGGAUGAUAUCAAGAUGCGCAUGUCUGGAGUCUUUGUGGCAUGGGCGUGUAUCCAACCGAAGCCGGGCCUGGAGGAAAUUGCCGGCGACUGGUACGAGGCGCUCGUGACGAUUGCGCCUCUGAGAAACGCGAUUCCUGGAGUUGUGAAGAAGAACGGGGUCGCCGUGCACAUCAUCAAUGACUUUGAAGACGUAGCGUUCUUCGACGCGAGGCUGAAGGUCAUCCUGAUGGGAUACCUACACCCUUAUACGCCAGAUCUUUCGGACGAGCUUGUCAUCGAGGAGCAUGGCCAGGAUGUGAUGACGACGCUGGCCAGCUUGGGCCGUGAGAACUGGGAGCCGCAGGAGGCAGUUGCGAGCGUGCAGAUCAUGAAGAGCGAGAGGAGCUUCUCGGACCGGCUGGGUGACGUGACGGGCAAGGUCCAGAACCAGGUAGAUAGGCUUCCGGUUCACUGGGCCGGUGUCAGGUCUGAAUCGGGCCUGGCGAGGGAUCAAGCUUAUGGGACCGGCGGUCUUUGGAUUCCUCGGUGACGAGGCAUCUUGGAGUGUUUGUCCAGCUGCCAGAAUUUGACUGAAUGUGAGGAUGAGCAACUUGACAUAAUUGCUGACCACUGAAAGCGAGAUGGAGUGUGGUCUUGGAUUAAUAGUAAAAAGUUUGUAUAAUUAGUAUUUAAUAAUAGACCAUGAUAGAUGUCCGACCCUUCAGAUAGUUAAACCCAGC